AUGGGUCAAACACUAUCUUUUCCUGCGACGGACAAGAGUACGGAGCAAGGAGGAAACCAUAUAUUUCACUAUGGUGUAUCUGAGAUGCAGGGAUGGAGGUAUUCUAUGGAGGACGUUCAUACUGUCGUGUUGAAUCUCGAUGAGGGGCGAUCAGAAUCUAACGCAUUCUUCGCCGUCUACGAUGGCCAUGGCGGUGGCGGUGCAUCCAAAUAUGCGGGAGAACAUGUGCACAAACGAUUGAUAGACACUGAAGCAUAUCAAAGGGGAGAUUAUCGGGCGGCAUUGAAGACCGCUUUCCUCAAGACGGACGAGGACAUGCGAACCGACCCAACAUUCAAACGGGACGGUUCGGGCUGUACCGCAGUCGCUGCGCUCGCGACAACCGACGGCAGGGUCUACGUUGCGAAUGCCGGAGACUCGAGGUCUGUGCUUAGUGUGAAAGGCGGGGCCGAACAGCUUAGUUUCGAUCACAAGCCGACUAAUGAACCCGAGAAGAAUCGUAUCACUGCCGCGGGCGGGUACGUGUCCUAUGGGCGAGUAAAUGGGAACUUGGCUUUGGCGCGGGCGCUGGGUGAUUUCGACUACAAGAAGAAUGAUUCGUUAUCGGCCGAAGCACAAAUUAUCACUGGCGACCCAGAGAUUAUCGAACACGAUGUCACUGAAGAAGAUGAAUUCUUCAUCGUUGCCUGCGAUGGUAUCUGGGAUUGUUUGACUUCUCAGCAGGCAGUCAACGUCGUCCGCAUACUUGUCUCUCAGGGCAAGCAGCUGACUGAGAUCUGCGAAGAAAUUUGUGAUCUAUGCAUGGCCCCCGAUACCCAAGGUGGCAACGGCAUUGGCUGCGACAACAUGACGCUCAUGAUUGUAGCCAUCCUACAUGGUCGUACUGUUCAGGAGUGGGCAGAUUGGAUCACUGACCGAGUCAAGGAAAACUACGGCUAUCCCACACCUCACGAAGUUCCUCAGCUCUAUUCGCAGUCUAGGAUCAACUCUUUCAAGGCAAGGAAGGCGUCCCACGACGAACUCAUGAGGAGGCGACGAGAGAGCGGGAACAAGGCAAAUAUGGAUGACUUUGACGAGGUGGAAGCAGGCGCUGCAUUUCGGGCGUUGGCACACCGCGUCCUCGGAGGUACCGGCGGCAUGACGUUCAAUUCGAUCAACAAUGCGGAGCCCCUGAUGUUCGACAACGAGAAUGAGGACGAUGAGGAUUCAUAUGUCGAGACCCCGACCGGCCCGUCGCUCCAUGCCGAGGACAACGAGUUUACGUCUGUCAUUUUCGGCAAGCGUGACGAGACAAAAAGCCUAAAGGAGCAGCUUGAUGAGCUGGAGAUGGACGGGGAUUUGGAUGGGGAUAGGGAUGUGUCAUCCGAUGACACUCAUUCCUCCUCAAGCAAGCUCCAGGGCGAGGCGCCGCCAUCUCCUGCACCCACGACGAACGGCGAUGCCCACCCGAAGGAGUCGAGUCCGAAACCACAAGGAGACGCUCCGAGCGGAGCGGUGAAGGCAGAAGGCUUGCUAGAUACGAGCGAAAGUCCGUUUAAUGUUUGA